UCUUCCGGUGGAGACGUGGCUCUGCUGCCAUAUUGACGCUGCAGCUAGCUCGCAAGCAGCCGUUCCGAGCAGCCCCGGGUCCCCGCUUCACCAUUCCGCCGGGACGAGGAGACCAUCGAGGCGACGAACGCGAGGGACUGAAGACCGCCGGACCGUAACGAGAGACCAAAAUGGUGCUGUUGGCAGCGGCGGUGUGCACCAAGGCCGGCAAGGCCAUCGUAUCGCGGCAGUUUGUGGAGAUGACCCGGACGCGCAUCGAGGGCCUCCUGGCCGCCUUCCCCAAGCUGAUGAACACGGGGAAGCAGCACACCUUCGUGGAAACAGACAGCGUGCGCUACGUGUACCAGCCGCUGGAGAAGCUCUACAUGGUUCUCAUCACCACCAAGAACAGCAACAUCCUGGAGGACCUGGAGACGCUGCGGCUCUUCUCCCGCGUGAUUCCAGAGUACUGCCGUGUGCUGGAGGAGAGUGAGAUCUCCGAGCACUGCUUCGACCUGAUCUUCGCCUUCGACGAGAUCGUGGCGCUGGGCUACAGGGAGAACGUCAACCUGGCCCAGAUCCGCACCUUCACAGAGAUGGACUCCCACGAGGAGAAGGUGUUCCGCGCCGUCAGAGAGACCCAGGAACGAGAAGCCAAAGCAGAGAUGAGGAGGAAGGCCAAGGAGCUGCAGCAGGCCCGGAGGGACGCCGAGCGCUCCGGGAAGAAGGUCCCCGCCUUCGGGGGCUUCGGCAGCGCCGGCAUGACCAGCGUGUCGUCAGGGUCCAUCAUCACAGACACCAUCGUGGAGCCCGAGAAGCCCAAGGUCACACCAGCAGCAGUCAGAGCGAGCGGGCCCAGCAAGGCCCUGAAGCUCGGCGCCAAGGGCAAGGAAGUGGACAACUUCGUGGACAAGCUCAAGUCUGAAGGGGAAACCAUCAUGCCCUCCUCGGGGAAGAGAGGCUCCGACGUCUCCAAAGCCCUGCCCCCGCCCGUCAACGUGGAGAGCGUACACCUCCGCGUGGAGGAGAAGAUCUCGCUGACCUGCGGCCGAGACGGCGGCCUGCAGAACAUGGAGGUCCUGGGCAUGGUGACGCUCCGGGUCACAGACGACAAGAACGGCCGCAUCCGCCUGAUGAUCAACAACAACGACAACAAAGGUUUACAGCUGCAGACGCAUCCCAACGUGGACAAGAAACUGUUCACGGCCGAGUCGGUGAUCGGCCUGAAGAACCCGGAGAAGUCCUUCCCUCUAAACAACGACGUGGGCGUGCUGAAGUGGAGACUACAGACCACAGACGAGUCGCUCAUACCUCUAACCAUAAACUGCUGGCCUUCAGAGAGCGGCACUGGCUGCGACGUCAACAUCGAGUACGAGCUGCAGGAGGAGAGCCUGGAGCUGAACGACGUGGUCAUCAGCAUCCCCGUACCGUCCGGCGUCGGCGCCCCCGUGAUCGGCGACCUGGAUGGAGAGUACAAACACGACGGCCGGCGGAACGUCCUGGAGUGGUGCCUACCCGUCAUCGACGCCAACAACAAGACGGGCAGCCUGGAGUUCAGCAUCGCCGGCCAGCCCAACGACUUCUUCCCCAUCAACGUGUCCUUUGUGUCCAAACGCAACUACUGCGACAUCCAGGUUACCAAAGUGGCCUACGUCGAUGGCGACAGCGCCGUCAGAUUCUCUUCAGAAACCUCCUUCGUCGUCGACAAAUACGAAAUCCUGUAAUCCCAAGAAAACCACAAAAUCAGAAUAAAUAAUAAAAAAAAAUAAAUCAAAAACCCACAAAAAAAAAAAUAAUGCAUAAACAGAAAAAAGAGUCCAAAUCUACGCUACAGAGAGAGAUUUCUGAUUUGCUGGCUGCCGGCUGUGUGUUGGUCUGAGAGACGCUCCUGACAGGCUGAGAGCAGCGCUGGUGUAUUUAUAUGUUUGUAUGAGAGAGGAGCAUCUAUAUAUAGAGUUAACACACACACACACACACACACACACAGGGAGGAUGGAUGCUGUUGUGUUGGCCGAGCUGAACUGUACAGAGGACGUGAGUGGAGGACGGAUGGGGGCGACGGGGCCCUCCUGGCCCUCCUGGCCCGCCUCCUCCAGCAGCUUUUUUUUUUCUUCAGCCAUUCUCCGCCUGCUCCACCUAUCGAUGUCUCACCGUUAGCUCUCCUCAGUUUGUUUUUCUUUGGGAUUAGAAUCUAGAUUGGGCUCUGUGCUCGGCUUAUACUGUCUGUACUGUGCGGUUGUCAUCAGAUUGAUCUUUUGUACCGUUUGCUGUAUCGUUGUUUCCCUCUGGUUCUCAGCCGCGGGGCGGGGCCGACCCAUCUGCCAGUAAACACAUUUGACUGCCGCAUCUGUUGAACCUUUCUUUUCCUUUUGCUUCUUUUUUUUUUUUUUUUGUACACCAUUGCUACCACUCCUCACGUCAAGCUACAGAAGAGCCGGCCGGUUAGAUCAGAACCAUAAAGAGACUCUGAAGGAAACAUGGCGGAGCAGGUCUGAGUAGUGACCCAGGUAAGCAGGACGCCUUCCUCCACCCUCCUCCACCCAGUCGUCCUCUACUGACUCUCACUCUACAUCCACAUCAGUCACAAGAUGACCUUUGCCUCUCAUGGUUUUUCUUUUUCUUUUUUUUUUCUUUUUUUUUUUGUUUCAUUUGUACUCCCCAGAUUUCAGUUUAGCGGGUGUGUGUGGGGGGGAAUGACUAGAUGGAGCAUUUUUAACUAAAUUGCUGAAGGGGAAUCUUAACAUUCCAGUGUACACUUAGGAAAAGAAGAAGAAUCUUUAAUGGAAUAAAAUGUAUUAUUGAAAAUG